AUGGGCCGUGCCGUACCCCUUUCAUCAACCUCCCCCCUUUCCCCAGUCACCCCUUUCCUCCCACGCAGCUCGUGCUGGCACUGGGGCUCGACCACGAGUACACCUCGCCGCUCUUCCCCAUCACCCUCUCACCAACCCUUAGCAUUCAUACUCCUCCACCCUCCCCCUCUGCUCCCCAAUGCAUCUCAACGCAACCACGCAGCUCGUGCUGGCUCUGGGGUUCGACCACAUGUACACCUCGCCACUCUUCCUUUCCCUGCUGCUGCUGCUGCUGCUGCUGCUGCUGCUGCUGCUGCUGCUGCUGCUGCUGCUGCUGCUGCUGCUGCUGCUGCUGAUGGGGAGUGCUCCUUUUACCAACAACUCUCCUCUUCCCCUUUCGUCCGGUUUCCCUCACACCUCCUUCCACUCACCUCGUGCUGGCUCUGGGAUUCGACCACGUGUACACCUCGCCACUUUUCCUCUCCCUGCUGCUGCUUCUGCCUGCCACCCACUCGGAUUUCACACACCCCUUCCUCCAUAUACCUUCCCCCAUUCUUCCCCUCCCAUGCAGCACGUGCUAGCCUUGGGAUUCGACCACGUGUACAGCUCGCCGCUCCUCCUCUCCCUGCUGCUGUCCUGCUAACAGGCCGCACUCCUUCCUUUCACCAACACCCCCCCCCUUUCCCCCCUCGUAUUCUCGUGCUGGCUCUGGGAUUCGACCACGUGUACAGCUCGCCACUCUUCCUCUCCCUGCUGCUGCUGCUCGCUGCCUCCCUUGCUGCCUGCACGUCAGUGCGACAGCUGCCCAUGCUCAAGGUCGCACAGAGGUGGUCCUUCAUCCAACGGCCGGAGUCGCUCCGUCAGAUGGACUUCUCGGAUUCGCUGGAGAGAGCGCAGAUUGCUGACCUGGCAACACUGCUCAUGCGCAAGGGCUAUCAGGUCUUCCAGAAAGGAUCAGCUAUGUACGCGUUUAAAGGCCUGGUGGGGCGACUAGCUCCUAUAGGCGUGCACGCUGCGCUGCUAUUGGUCAUGGCCGGGGGGUGCUACAGUGCGCUUGGGGGUUUCCAAGGGACUACCCUGACGCCGCAGGGGCUAGACGUGGUUGUACCCUCCGCGCUGCAGGGCAACAGCAUCUUUGCCCGGCCUACCACCGCAAUGAACAUGCUUGUGCAUGUGAAUCGGUUUUACAUCGAGUAUCGACCGAAUGGCGAGGUGAAGCAAUUCUUCUCAGACCUGUCAGUAACAGACCUGUAUGGGCGGGAGCUUCAACAAAAGACUAUAAGCGUCAACGACCCCCUGCGCUGCCAGGGAGUCACCAUGUACCAGACCGACUGGGCGAUCUCAGCCGUCCAGCUGCGAUCCGACGGUGGAGAGCCCUUCAAGCUGCCCAUGGCGUCGCUCCAGGAGCCGGGCAGCAGCCAGAAACUUUUCGGGACGUUCUUGCCGACAGGGGAGGAGGAGAGUGCUGAGGGAGGAGAAGCAACCACCACGGGCAUCAUACUGGCGAGGGACCUUCAAAACGUUGUCAUAUACGACUCAAAGGGCGAGUUCGUGGGGGUGAGGCGGCCGGGGUCGAACCGGCCAAUCACAGUGGAGGGGAAGAAGCUGGUGAUAGAUGAGCUUAUCGGGAGCACGGGGCUGGAACUGAAAAUGGACCCUGGCGUGCCGUACGUGUAUGCUGGCUUCGGUGCUCUCAUGCUCACCGCUGCCAUCAGCUACCUCUCUCACUCCCAGGUGAGCCGCUUCCCAUUCUCCCUCCUCUCUUCUUCUCUCCCACUCUUUGGCGCUGACAUGCUCACCACUGCCAUCAGCUGUCUCUCGCACUCGCAGGUAAGAUGGUUUGGCAUGACAUGA